GGAAGAGCCUUUCACUGCAGUAGAAGCAGUGGUGAUUUUUGGCCAAUUGCUUCAGCUUCUUGUAUAGUUUUUCUGUCUCCUCGUGUUCGAUUUGCAAAGCUCUUCCAUUGAAAACGCUUCUAACAUCCAAAGAUUUAAAAUGAAAGCAGGAAAUGCUACUGAAUUGAAAAUGCCCUCUUGUUUUUGGCUGUAUGAUUCUAUGACAUAAGUUAACACUAUUACAUUUUCAACAGUAACCUUCUCCUGUGUACUAAACUGUUUGCACUGGAGGUGCAAUCUAAACUGCAGUUUUGCUUUCCCCUUAGAGGCACUUCAGGAGUUCCCAGAUUACAGGUUGGAAAAAAGAAGGCUAGUAGUUUCAGUCAAAGCUUAUCAGAUUAUUAAAACCUUUCUUCUUUUCUUUUCUUUUUGGAGGAUGGAAGAAGUUAGUGUUAUCCAGCAUUCCUGCUGAGUAUAUCACUUACUGCCACUUCUGAUCUUUGAAGAGAGAUUUAUCGCUUCCUGUGGCAAUACUGAAUACUCAAAAGAGGGUGUUCUGACCUCAAGAGCUGCAUGAAGAAUAGCCAGCAUGAAGAGAACAAAUCAGUCCAGGCAGAAGUGCAGAAGCAACAAGAACAUAAAUCAGGAAGGUGAAAUGGAAGGUGAGGCAGUCGAAGCUAUUGUGGAGGAAUCAGAAACUUUCAUUAAGGGAAAAGAGAGGAAAACCUAUCAAAGACGCCGUGAAGGCGGGCAAGAGGAUGAUGCUUGUCAUCUACCGCCAAACCAAGCAGAUGGAGGUGAAGUAGUGCAGGACGUCAGCAGUGGGGUGCAGAUGGUGAUGAUGGAUCAGCUGGAUCCAACUCUUCUUCAAAUGAAGACUGAAGUAAUGGAAGGUGCAGUGCCUCAAGAAACUGAGGCUACAGUGGAUGACACGCAGAUCAUAACACUUCAGGUUGUUAAUAUGGAAGAGCAGCCUAUAAACCUUGGUGAGCUUCAGCUGGUCCAAGUACCUGUACCAGUGACUGUACCUGUUGCCACCACGUCUGUGGAAGAACUGCAGGGAGCUUAUGAAAAUGAGGUUUCCAAAGCAGGCCUGCAAGAGGGGGAGCCCAUGAUCUGUCACACCCUCCCUUUACCAGAAGGCUUCCAAGUAGUGAAAGUGGGUGCAAAUGGUGAGGUGGAGACACUGGAACAAGGUGAUCUUCAGCCACAGGAAGAUCCCAAUUGGCAAAAAGAUCCAGACUAUCAGCCACCAGCCAAAAAAACAAAGAAAAACAAAAAAAGUAAGCUUCGCUACACUGAGGAAGGCAAAGAUGUGGAUGUGUCUGUGUAUGACUUUGAAGAGGAGCAGCAGGAGGGUUUGUUGUCCGAGGUUAAUGCAGAAAAGGUGGUGGGCAAUAUGAAGCCACCUAAACCAACAAAAAUUAAAAAGAAAGGUGUAAAGAAGACAUUCCAGUGUGAACUGUGCAGUUACACUUGUCCGCGUCGUUCCAACCUGGACCGCCACAUGAAAAGCCACACCGAUGAAAGACCACACAAGUGCCAUCUCUGUGGCAGGGCUUUCCGGACAGUCACGUUGCUGAGGAACCACCUCAACACUCACACAGGUACUCGCCCUCACAAGUGCCCAGACUGCGACAUGGCCUUUGUGACCAGUGGAGAGUUGGUUCGGCAUCGCCGCUACAAACAUACCCACGAGAAACCCUUCAAGUGUUCCAUGUGUGAUUAUGCCAGUGUGGAGGUUAGCAAAUUGAAACGCCACAUUCGUUCUCACACUGGAGAGCGCCCGUUCCAGUGCAGCUUGUGCAGCUAUGCCAGCAGGGACACCUACAAACUGAAGAGGCACAUGAGGACCCACUCCGGAGAGAAGCCAUAUGAAUGCUACAUCUGCCACGCUCGCUUCACUCAGAGCGGUACCAUGAAGAUGCACAUUUUGCAGAAGCACACGGAGAAUGUGGCCAAAUUCCACUGUCCUCACUGUGAUACUGUCAUAGCGAGAAAGAGUGACUUGGGUGUCCACUUGCGGAAGCAGCAUUCCUACAUCGAGCAGGGCAAGAAGUGUCGCUACUGCGACGCCGUGUUCCACGAGCGGUAUGCCCUCAUCCAGCACCAGAAGUCCCACAAGAACGAGAAGCGCUUCAAGUGUGACCAGUGUGAUUAUGCUUGCAGACAGGAGCGACACAUGGUCAUGCACAAACGGACCCACACUGGAGAAAAGCCUUAUGCCUGUAGCCAUUGUGACAAAACCUUCCGCCAGAAGCAGCUCCUCGACAUGCACUUCAAACGAUACCACGAUCCCACCUUCGUUCCUGCUGCCUUUGUCUGUUCCAAGUGCGGCAAAACGUUCACUCGCAGGAACACAAUGGCCAGACAUGCUGAUAACUGCUCUGGCCUAGAUGGUGGGGAAGGAGAGAAUGGAGGAGAGACAAAGAAGGGCAAACGUGGCCGAAAGAGAAAGAUGCGAUCUAAGAAAGAAGAUUCCUCUGAUAGUGAGGAAAAUGCUGAACCAGAUUUGGAUGAUAAUGAAGAUGAGGAGGAGACCGCAGUAGAAAUUGAGGCUGAACCAGAAGUUGAGCAAGAGGCUCCUGCACCACCUCCCAGUAAGAAACGAAGAGGAAGACCACCAGGCAAAGCUGCCACCCAACCAAAACAAUCCCAGCCUGCAGCAAUCAUUCAGGUUGAAGACCAGCACACUGGUGAAAUUGAAAAUAUUAUAGUUGAAGUGAAGAAAGAACCUGAUGCAGAAACAGCAGAGGAAGAGGAGGAAGCUCAGCCUCCUGUAGUGGAAGCUCCCAAUGGAGACCUCACCCCUGAGAUGAUUCUCAGCAUGAUGGACCGGUGAUGGAGGAAGACCACGCUGGCUGACUGAACUGGCCUGGGCUGUGUUUAAGCGGCUCAAAUCUAUUUUUCCUUUUAUCUUUUUUCUUGGCUUUGGGAAAUGCAUCAUUUUAGACCAUUU